UCGGUCGGUCCGUGGUUGCAAGACUGCCCCGCUUCCCCGCUUCCCCCGCUGCAGCCCGCACACUCGGUCGUGGGUUUUUCACGGCAGAAACCCGCUCUCUCUCCCUUUACAUCCCCUUUAGUUUGUCAGAUCUCGUCUCUUUUUGGUUUCAAUGGCCGCCCGUGGCGUGAUUUGCAUUCAGCAGCGCAAUAGUUAAUGCGUGCCGGAUGCGCUCUCACUCCAGCAGACCGCUACAGUACGAAGAUGGCGUCGGAGGGAGCCAGCGCAGAGCAGCCUUCUCCGGUACAAACACUGGCAACCGCCGUGCUGGGAUGUGUGGACACGAAAUGUGAGUUCAACAUGGAUAACCUGAGCAAGCCAGAGCUGCUCACCCUGCUGAGUAUCAUGGAGGGAGAGCUGGAGGCCCGAGACCUGGUCAUCGAGGCCCUGAGGGCUCAGAGGAAGGAGGUGUUUCUCCAGGAGCGCUACAGCCACUACAGCCUGACCGACCCCUUCCUGGCACUUCAGAGGGACUUUGAAUGUGGGGUCCCCAGAGGAGACAAGGAGCGGCGACCCCUGGGCUCCAGCCCCAUCUCUGUGCUGGAGGCCGUGAUGGCCCACUGCAGGAAGAUGCAGGAGCGCAUGUCAGCCCAGCUGGCUGCGGCCUGGGGCCGCCAAAAGAGGCUGGAGAUGGAGAAGCUACAGCUCCAGAGUCUGGAGCAGGAACACCGCAAGCUGACUGCACAGCUGAAGGACGAGCGUGAGAAGAAUAAGCACAUCGUCAUGAUGCUGGUGCGUGAAUGCAAGCAGCUUGCCACGCGGGUUGUAGAGGAGUCGCAGCGAUUUGAUGAACUCCAGGCUCGCCUAGAUGAGGAGAGUCGCACCUCUGGGCGGCUGCAGGAGGAGCUGAGCACCGAGCGGCAGCGUAGUCAGCAGAUGGAGGCCAAGAUGGAAAAGCAGCUGUCGGAGUUCGACACAGAACGGGAGCAUCUGCGCGCCAGGCUGGGCCGCGAGGAGGCCGAGAGCCAGAGCCUGCGGCAGCAGGUGGAGCAGCUCGGAACUGAACGAGGCGAUGCUGCUGCUGGAGCAGUUCCUGCUGCCACCAGCCCACCAUCCAAAGCUCUGACAUCUGUUUCCGUAGCCACAGAGCCCAUCAGUUCUCGAACAGCUUUUUGCCAAACAGACCUGCCCUCCACAGAGGUGGAGGGUCCCAAGAAGACCCCCCUUACUAUACCUGUCAAACCAUCGCCUGCCAACUAUGUGGGCCUGAGCCUGCCAAAGUCUGGUCGUGGGCUCGUCCACAGCAGCUCGGGAGGACUGGCACAGACCGAGAAUGGCUCCGAGGGCCAAGCCGCCCCACACAACUUUCCUAGUGGGGUCAGCCCCCGUGUCCAGGCAGCCCGCUACAAGUUCCAGGAACAGGACCAAAAUGGCACAGCGUCCCAGAGUCCUCCGGCCCGUGACCUCUCCCCUACCAACCGUGACAACUUUGCCGCCAAGCAGCAAGCCCGUCACACUGUCACACAGGUCCUUUCACGCUUCACUAGCCCUCCAGCAGGUGGCGCUGGACCCCUUCGUCCAGGCCUGCCCCAUUCUGCUUCAGAGGGAGGCCCCUUUCCCGGCCGUCUGAGCCAUCCCAUUGGCCUCAAGUCGCCCACGGUAGCCAGGAUUGACCGGGGAAACCCUCCCCCUAUUCCUCCCAAAAAGCCAGGGCUUUCCCAGACCCCCUCUCCUCCUCAUCCACCCAUCAAGGUCAGCCGCUCUCCCGGGGCUGGGCUAAAACAAGCCACGCCCCAGCUGCCACCAAAACCCGCCCUGGAUCUGGUCCCAGCCUUGGCGGCCUCUCAGGUGGGUGCCUGCCCCCAUUCCGGCUCCCUGGGGUCUGGCCGGCAGCCGGCAGCAGCAUGUGCAGACUGCCCCUCAGUCAUCAGCCCUGCCACCACUGUCAGUAGCCCCUCCUCCAUAUAUCCCCCCUCCAUCUUCUCCUCCAUUAGUGCUCCAUCCUCCCAUAGCCCCUGCGCCUCAGCAGGCAGCCCCCUGGCAACAGCAUCAGGCCGGUGUCCCUCCAUAGCCUCCUCUCUAGGCAGCGGUGGGCCUGCUGCCCUGGACGGUGGGCGCCCCCUGCUCCUCCAAGCUGCUUCCCAGGGAAAUGUCACUUUAUUGUCAAUGCUGCUUAACCAACCUGACUCGACCACCAGUACCACCACAUCUACCACCAACAUCACUGCCAUGGAGAACAAACCUGAUCACCUUGUCCAAGACCACCUGCUCUAUCACAACCACAACCAAACCUCUGCCUUGUUUGCUGCUGCUCAGAAUGGACACACAGAGUGUGUGAAGCUGCUGCUGUCUUCGGGAUCGCCUGCUGAUGUUCCGGAUGAAAAUGGAUUCACACCUUUACACGUUGCUGCUGCCCACGGCCACAGCAGCUGUGUGCAGGUGCUGCUGACUGCAGGAGCUGCUGUGGAUGUGGCGGCCACGGGGGGCCAGACCCCCCUCUUCCUGGCCUGUGAGGCAGGAAGCCUGGACUGUGUCCAGGUCUUGUUGAGCGCCGGAGCCGAUCGCUCGCACACCACCAUGGACGGCUGCAUGGCUCUCCAUGCAGCCGUGCGUUCAGGACACGUGGACACACUGCGUCUCCUCCUCUGCCACCUGCCUCAUGGUGACCUCACCGGGACCGUGGCACUGCCUGCUGCCCUGCUUAACCAGGCCAACAGUGAUGGCUGGACGGCUGCACACAUGGCGGCUGCCCUGGGCCUCAAGGAGUGUCUGGAGGUGCUGUGCAGCCACAGUGAACAGGACAUCGAGAGGAGGGACAAAUGUAAUCGCACUAUUCAUGACGUGGCGACUGACGACUGCAAAGAUCUACUGGAAAACCUCAACUCAUACCGGGUCCUGGUCCAUCUCCAGUGCUCAGGUGCAGAAGGUUCGGGGUCCAUGUGUCCUGUGGAGGCGCUGGAGGAGGAGGCCGAGGGCGGUAGCAGUAGCCGGGUGGUGCUGGGCCAAGUUUCAAUCGAUCGGUCGACGCGUUGGGCUCAGCUGGGCUCCACCCUCAGCCACGCCUUCACCUCCCACCUCCGCAUCCUCUGUGGGGACGCCCAGACAGCCAGGGAGGAGCCACAGCAUCCCCCACUCAGCCUCGGCCCCACCAGCAUUGCCUCCAUUCAUAUCGGAGACACUGAGUGGUUGCCAGGUCAGGAGCUGCCUUUAUCCCCCUGGGAUCUGGUCAGAAAGCCUCUCAGCCAGUGCAUCACCAUCCGCCUCAAAGGUCUGUCUGAGUCGUGUCUUGAUGAGCUGGCUUUGGAAUCCCUCCUCCCCCUGCCGCUGCUGCACAACUACGUCCGCCUGGUGGAACAGUAUGGCACCCUCAUCUUUCAUGGGCUGGAGGGCAGCUGUCAGGAGUACAUCGCCAGUCUGGUCGCUCGUUGCAUCAAGUCCAAGCAGGAAGUGGGGGGGCUCGGCUGUGACGUUGUAAGAGUGGAGGUGGAGGAGAGCCUGACCAAAGAGCAGCUGCUGGAGACUUUCACCACCUGUGGUUUUCUGGUUCCGGCAGUGGGUGUCGGGGUCGGGGUACCACCUGGUCCCACUGGUCGCUGUGUGGUAGUGCUCCUGGAGGGACUGGAGAAGGCUUCAUCCCUAACAGGCCUGCUGGGAGACCUCUGCCACAGCCUGGACAACAGAGGCUCGGCUUCCCCUCUGAUCCUGAACUCUGGGCCCCACUGUUUCUGUGAGGGAAGCUUCUUGAUUGGAACGCUGUCGAAGGCGCGGCUGCAGGGCUCCGAGCUCCGCCUCCAGCAGCAUUUCCGCUGGGUGAGUCUUCGCUGGGACCAGGAGCCGCUGCAUGGCCUGCUGGGAAGGCACCUCCGCAGGAAGGUGCUUCACAAGGUGGGGACUGGAGUUUGGACACCUGAUGGUGUUAUGGAGCGGUCGGUGCUGUGGGUCAGCCAGGUUUGGCAGCAGCUCAAUGCCUGUCUGUCCCGUCUGGGCACCCAUGAGGCUUUGCUGGGCCCACAGCUCUUCCUGUCCUGCCCCGUGGUACCAAACAACGUGCAUGCAGCUAUCAGGUGGCUGGCUCACCUCUGGAACGCAGUGGUGGUCCCCCGCGUGGAAGAAGCCAUCAUCUCCCGGGUAACAGCCAGGCGCUCCUCCUCUUCGUCAGCCCAGCGACCAUCUCCUAGCGACUGUGGGCUGAGCGCCGGGCAGCGGGCUGUGGUGAAAGCUGCCCUCAGCAUCCUGGUCAACAAGGCUGUUCUCCCGGGCUGCCCUCUGAGUCGACAUGAAAUGGACAGGUACCUGCUGGAGUUUCGGGGUGGGACAUUCCCUCUGGCAGCCAUUGGCUCUUAUAAAGGAAGUGCUGGUGGAGGAGGCAGGAAGGGGCGGGACAGCAACAAACUGAGACGAUCCAACACCAGCCCAUGGAAGAAGGGAAGCCCUGCUUACGACUGGAGCUGUGGCGGUUCUUUCAGAGAGGGUUCACUGUCCAGCACUGAUGUCAGCUUCAUUGCCUAUGGCAAGGUCCAGAGGGAGCCUGUAGGUCUGUCCGCUUUCUCUGACGACGAGACAGACUUGAUCAGAGAGCUGCAGACCAUGUGCUCCAGCAAGUCGGAGCCAGACAUCAGCAAGAUGUCGAAGGCCAAAGAGGACUUGAUCCUGUUCUCCAGCUCUCCCAGUGAAGCGUCGCCUCCUCGUAACGCCGAGCGGGAAACCGCCGUCCAGCAGCGACCACAGAUGAGUGCUGGUCAUCAAUCCGGCCAGGCAGCCGUUCAGAGCAGUGACCGGCGUUCAGGCCCUCGUGCCAAAUCUCAGCUUCCAGUCCCCAGCAGCAGGGGGCAGCAGACACGACACGGUGCUAGCAGCAGCAGCAGCAAUAGCGGCAGUCCUAUCCAAACCCAAACACCCCCUACUUGUAGCAGAACCACCCACAGCAUUAGCAACAGAAAAAAGGCGGCCCCACCCAACAGCAGCAACAACAACUACUACCCCAACAACCACCAGUCACAUGAGGACAUCUGGAUUCUUCACAGAGACCUGCAUGACAACAAGUAGACCCCACCCCGCCCCACAGUCCUGCUGUGAAUCUCCCUCCAUGAUGUAAAGACUAGGUACCUGACGACCUUUGACUUUUAGUAUUUCUACUUAUCUGUACUUGUUACACUGUACUACAGUUGUGUACGUGGGGACCAUAGUUUUAUUCUAUUAGAGUAUUUGAAGUUGGGCGGUUAAACAGAAGGUUUGCUAUGAGUUUACGUGGGGAAAACGACAGAAGAUAACGCAGCAGGUCUCUUCACUGUUGCCUUAUUCCAGUGUAUCAACCUGCUUGUUCUGGGACAGUGUUUAGUACACACUACAAUGUAAAAAUUUACCGAAAUAAGAUUAAAUAUUUAACUAGUGGAACUCAGUCCUGACACAGUAUUUAUGUAUUUAAAGUGAGAUACUGUACUACUUCUGGUAUAAGGCCACUGAAGCAUAACUGAAGGUACUUAGUGUUACUUUUUAGUGACAAGUUUUUGGAUCAAAGAAAGAAACGAGCAGUUUUGUAUUUUCUUUGUUGUUUUUGCUAUUAAGUAUUUUGAGAUAUUCAAGUGUUUUAUCUUUAAAUAGUCACAAGGUUGGUUUAAAUACUGUUGAAAUUAAUCAGGGUUUUACCAAAUAUUUGUAAAUAAGAAUUAGUAUGUUUAAAUGCUCUAUAGGUUGGUGUAUGUGGUAUGAUGCUUGUACAGUGACAAAACUUUAAAGCAAAACUGGUGAAAAAAAAAAA